AUGUCUCCGGACGCUCUAGAUCCCCAGAAGGGCUCGGAUGCAAAAAAGACCAAGAGCAAAGGGAAGAGCCAGCUUGAUCCGCUGAAGACCAUCACUGCCCCUGGAUCGUCGAUGACGAGAAUCGCCCAGGCGUGUGAUCGGUGUCGAGCCAAAAAAUCAAAAUGUGAUGGAAAGAGACCGGCUUGUUCGGCGUGUGCUGCGGUUGGCAUCAAGUGUGUUGUAUCCGAUAAACUCUCCAGAAGAGCGUUUCCUAAGGGUUAUACGGAGACUUUGGAGGAGAGGAUUCGUCAGCUUGAAGCUGAAAAUACCAAGCUCCAGGGCCUUCUUGAUCUUCGUGACGAACAACUAGCGACAAACACUUCCCUCCCUGAUUUGCCCAAUAGCAGAUCGGAUUCUGAUCUGGAUACGUCCCGCCAGAACGACACUUCGAGUAUUCCAAACUUCCUGAACCCACAUUCUGUGCUUCAUACACAUACUCAUGGAGACGGUUGUGCUUGUUGCUCAGGCAAUAAUGCUCUCCACGAAAGACCUGUCUCGUUAGCCGGAUCUGUCUAUGGAGAGUCAGGCAACGUUUCAGUACCUCAAUCGGUGCUUAGUGGAGACGACGACGACACUCACAGCUUGCUAAGUCUCGAGGACCCUCUGUUUAUGAACCAUAGCCACAGACCAUUCGAUAAGUCGUUCAGUGCUUUCCCAAACAAGGAAGUCAGCCCAGCUCCUGGCGCGUUUGCGGCUGCUACAGCCAUUGAGCAAAUGCAGAAGAUGGCAAACCCGGAACAGCAACAAUUGGAGGAUGAAAGCAAACAGAAACUUCUAACUCACCUUUUGGCUGCUUCUAUCCCUAGAAGCACCGAAGAGACCUUAUUUAUUCCCACACUUUUGGCAAAGAUAUGUCAAGUAUACGGCUACGGCUCGAAGCCAGCUAUAAUUACCGCCAAUGCUUUGGCUUCUCUUAAGGAAACACUUGAUCCCCGAGCGGUUUUCCAGCCUGACUAUACUGAAGAAGAAGAGUUAAUGUCUCUAAUAAUGGACAGGACAGAUGUAACCAAUUUGAGUCAUUACGAGGCCAUGAGGUACCUUAAGCUCUUACAUCUUCCUACCAGGACUGAACUUGAUCAUCUUCUCACGUUAUAUUUCAAGGACUGGGGUAACAUUACUCCAUUGGUUAACAAAGGUGUGUUCCUCAAGAAUUUCUUGAAGUUGGAUGAAUUGAUCGACCAUAAUUCCAGUGAACCAACAUAUGAGUACUCUUAUGAGCUGACAGAAAAAGUCGGUGCUUUGAUGGUGCUUGUAAUAUCUUUCGGAAUUUUAUCACAAAAAGUCGAGCUUAUGAAUUCGAACGACAAGCAGGAACUUCGUCAGAAAGCAGCAUUACUCAAUCGCUACGACAAAUUGAUUCACCAAUUCAUCAAGCCAAACUGUUUGAUCACAAAAUACUGCUCAUUACAAUCUCUUCAAAUCCUUGCUUUGGCCCUCCAAUACUGUCUCGCCAUUGGGGAUGUUACAACUUGUUACGAACUUCGGGGCCGUGUUAUUUCUAUGGCACAACAGCUCAGAUUGCAUAGAUGUCCUGCCGCUGUCCUUGGUCUUAAUGGAAAGGAUAUCAACAAUGUGAAUCUCCAAAAUUUCAUGCAAGGUGAGCGACGUAUUUUGUUCUGGUGCAUCUAUUGCCUUGAUGCUUAUUCCUCGUUGAACUUGGGUAUUCCUCGUCUUUUGAAGGAUUAUGAAAUUGAGUGUGCCAUGCCAUUUAGCGGAAAAAGCGAAGACGAGAGAGACAACCAGAACAUUUUGAUCGUUAACAAUACCAAGUUGACUAUCUUCGGCAGGGUAUCAAAGCUGGCUUUGAGUCUUAUGCAAUAUUGCAAAGUGUUGGGAAAUAUCAUGGAUUCCAUCUUUACCAGAUCAGGAGAUAUCAAUGUUACUGAACGUGCAUUGGAAAAGGACAGGAUUCUUGAGUGCUGGAGAAGAGACUUGCCAGCAGAGCUCAAGUUCGAGAUCGAUGUUAAUGGCUUCUCACUUAGAGACCAGUCUAAUAAUAAACUUAAUGGCGGAAUGGAAGGCACUAAUUGGAGCAUCUACAGCAAACAUCAGCUAGUGAUGAUCUUUCUUUAUUAUCAUGCCAAGGUGUUGAUAUACUUGCCGAUUAUUUCAAAGUAUGGGUACCAUCAUAACGUCGGUUUGUCAAUUAAAGAAAGACUUGCCCUGAAGCAAAGGGACGUUGCUAGCGUCAUUUCGAGCAUGACAAUGAUCCAACAGUCGUCUAUUCAGAUUCUAGAGGUGAUGAAGACCAUGGCAUCCCAAUCGUGCUACUUGAUGCCUCUACCAAUCAACUUGCCCCGAGAAAGAGCUCGUUUUGCUCUUCUUGUGGCCAAAGGAUCACUCGAUUUUAUCAAGGGCGGUCCUCUUCACCAAAGCCUGAAGGGCCUUCUCUUGGAGACGCUAUCGGAGUUCAAUCAAGAGACAGAAAUGCACAUCCCUGGCGGUCUUACUCCAAACUCAACUCGACUCCUAGAGCUUUCAAUCAUGAGUAUCCUUGGAAUAUCACCCUCAUUGAAAAACUCCAAUUCUCUCAGGAAAAGGGUUAUGCUGGAAAGACCAAUCAGUAAGCAAGCCGUUGUAAGAGAUGCUGCCUACCUCAAUGGUCACGACCAACCAAACCUCACUGCGAAAGCCAGACAAGUGCCUCAGUUCAUCAAGACAGAAGCGCCCGAACUGCCUGAAAUUGACUUACCUACAGAGUUUACCACCUUUGAGGUCGGCAACUCCAAUAGUGACUCUAAUGGCUCUUCUAACGAAGAAACCUUGGAAGAGCUCCUACACUUUGACCCAUUCACCAUGAACUACAGUAACCAACUCAUGGCGACCGAUUUCGGAGCCGACGGGUCUCUUGGCUUAGUGCCAUUUCUCAAUGAGAAUGCCGAUGAAUACCGAGAUGAUGACCAAAUGAGUGACCGUAUUGGCGAAGAAGGAGGUGCUGUCUCGUUCGGCUGGUAA